AUGGAAUCAACUUAAACCUUGAUGCCCGAGUUCUACUUCAAGGGCCCAAUAUCAGCAUUACUAAUCUAAAACUACGGGACUAGCAAGAGACUUUUAGUUGGGGAGGGAUCUGUUUUAGCAGUCUAUGAUUUGUCAUAAAAGAUUAAGAUCAAGGAAUUUUAAAUGUUUUCAUCCUGCUUUAAGAUACUUAAUAUUUCAAUGUCUGAUGAUGCUGAAAAGUAAAGCAAAAGAAUUAUUGUAAAAACAGAAAAAUCAAUGAAAGUGCUUGAUUAGGAUAAUUAUUCUGUUAUUUAUGACUUUGACAAACAUGGUCAUGAUAAAAUUGUCUAGGAAAAGUUAGUUGGUCAUAAUCUGUAUAUCAUCAAUGCUCAUAACUUUAUUGAACAAUGGGACUUGAGUUCAAUGACUUUAGUUUACAGAAGGUUUUGUGAAGAAGAGUGUAUAUUAUACAGUGCAGACUUGAAUCUAUAAAAUAAUUUGAUAGCUGGAGGCACUGUCUUCAGAUCAAUUUUGAUUUGGGAAAACUUUAGCAAUUAGGAAUAAUAAACAGAAACCUCUAAAGUAUUAUACAGGUUAGAAGGUCAUGCUGGUGUGAUAUUUGAUGUUAAGUUUUUGAAGCAAAAUUAAAUUGCUUCUGUUUCUGAUGAUAGAUCUCUAAAGAUAUGGUCAAUUGAUCUUUAAGAGCAUGGAAAGUAUCAUCUUGUUAAAGAAUUUUAUGGACACAGAUCAAGAAUAUGGAGAUUGGCAGAGCUAGGAUAUAAUGAUCUUCUUAUUACUGUGAGUGAAGAUGCGACCUGCAAAAUUUGGAAUUAACACUCAAACGAUAAUAGAGCAAUUGAAACGUUGAAAGGUCAUCAAGGAAAGAAUGUGAGAGCUUUGUCAUGCUAUGAAGGCUUAAUUGCAACUGGAGGAGAUGAUGGAGCAGUAAAGAUUUGGAAUGCUGAGGAAAUUUUGAUGCAAAAGCAGAAAAAUUAAGAGAAUAACUAAGCUAUUAUUCAUCAAUACAGACUGCCAAUGGUGGAAAGUAAAAAUCAAAAUAUGGAAGAAGGAAUUGCUAAUGAAGAAUAAAAAGUGGAAGAUUCAGUUGAAAUUUAAGAAUCAUAAGAAAGUGAUGUGAAGUAGAAAAAGAAGAAAGCAAAAGUUGCUAACCCCAAGGAUUAAGUAAAUCAGAUCAGAGCAAUUGAAAUAAUUUAAACAAUAGAUCAAAACAAUAAUUCUAUUCCAUAUGCUAUUGCGGUCACUAAUAAGGGAUCAAUUUAUGGUAUAGAUAUGUCAAGUUCUGAUUUUAAAGAGCCAAGACUUUUGUUUUAUGAUGAAAAUUAAUUGAACAUUUAGGAUAUAAAUGCUUUAACAAUCAAGUCUCAAGAUAAAGUAAUUAAUUUAGUUGCCAUUUCUAUCGGUGAUGGAAUAGCGAUUCUUUUUAAAGUAGAUUUGCAGUAAAACUUGGUACAAAUAGCAAGAAUAUAAACAUGCGACAUAAAGGUAUUGAAUGUAUUUCUGAUAGAUGAAUCUCAUACCUUAAAUGAGGAUUAAAUAGGACUCAUUGCUUCAAAUGGAAGAGCAGAGCUUAUUAAAUAUUCUAUCAAAAACUUCAAUGAUGUUGAUAUAGUGAUUUCUUAACCUACAAUUUACAAGGUGGAGAUUAAAACUUAGUUCAUCUGCCUCGUCUAUAGUUCAAAGCUUAAUAUAGCUGUAGCAGGAGAUACCAAAGGGAAUUUAUUUAGUUUUGAUUUUUCAUAGACAUCAGACCAACCACUCUUGAAUUUCUAGUAACUUAAAGCUCAUAAAAAUGAAAGAGUAAUCAGUCUAUUUUUAGAUGAGUCCAAAGGCUAAUUAUACUCUACAUCUAAAGACAACUACAUUAAUGUUUACAAUUUUGAUGAGAAUAAGCAGAUUCAGAAGAUACAGUCAAUUAAAGAGGAGGAUUUGAAUAUAAUAUACAAUAUUAAUAUGAUGAACAACAAGAUGGUUUUGCUUGGGUUUUAUGGCAAUUUCGCUUAUAUUUGGAAUAAGCAGGAAAAUAUGCAGAUAUUUAGCAUUGAUACCAAAGGUGGUAAUAGACCACUGAAAUUAAAAAUUUAAGAGGGAACUAACAUUGAUGAAUAAUUGUAUGGAAAGCACUACGCCUUUGCUUAUUCUUUUGGUGAUUGUCUGGUUUUAUGCAAUAAUUGGCUGUACUCAUCUGAAGAAGAGUAAAAGGUGGUAUAAAGCUAAUAUACUAUAAGAGAGUGCUUCCAUGGUAGGGAAAUACUUUGUGCUUCAGGAUUUUCAUUAAAAAGUGAUAAGAAAAUUAUUCUAACUGGAGGAGAAGAUUCCUUCUUGAAAAUAUCAGAAUACUCUACCAAUAACAAAGAUUUCAAAAUGACUCAAUCUUUCAGUAAUCAUGUAGCAUCAAUUAGAUCCAUUUCAAAAGCAAAAUAUAGAAGUGCUAAUUUAGAUGAAGGAUUUAGUCAAAGAACUUAUUAUGUGCUCAGUGCUGGUAGCAGAAUGCAAGCAAAUCUCUUUUAUGCUAAGUUAAAUCAAGAUAAUUUCGAAAUGAGUCAUUUAUGCAAUUUUAUGAGAUCUAGUGAACAAGAUGAAGAAUAAGAUUUUAGAAUUAUGUCCAGUGCCAUAAUAUGCCAUUAGAAUCAAGGUGAAACCGUUCCCUUUGUGAUUUGUGCUUUUGGAACAUCGAGUGGGGAACUACAAGUUUUUACAUACCAUCAUAAGAAGAGAAGAUUAGAGGAUUUGUAUAAAAUAGCAUUGCUGAGUUCAAUUCUUACAAUGAAAAAAGUUAAAGUAUCUUCUAAUUCAUAUGCCAUAAUAUGUGGGCUAUCUAACGGUGGUAUAUACGUUCUCACUCUGAAGAUAGAUUAAGCUACUAGUUAGAUCAUUGUUGAACCCAGUGCUGAACUUGAAUAAGUACAUGAUUUUGGAGUGAACACUCUAGAUGCAUGUUAUUUGAAAGAAUAUAACAGCUUAGUGAUUGUUUCAGGUGGAGAUGAUUAGUAAAUCUCAUUGCUUAGAUUAGAGUUAGAAUAAUCAGAUGAAGGAUAGAUUAAAAUUACUAUGAAAGGCUAAUUUAAAUAGUAUGCUCAUAGCUCUUGUAUCAAAGGAUUAGUUCUUAGUAAAUGUAAUGGAUAAUUAAAAGUUGCAUCCUCUUCAUAUGAUUAGAGAUAUAAGGAAUGGAUGAUUGAUGGAGAUAAGUUAGUAGAAACAAAAACAGUAAGACAUUGUAUGUCUGAUAUGAACGGAAUUACUAUUAUCAAGUCAAUAGAUCAGCAAUCAUCUGAAGUUUGCCUAGUUGGGCAAGGAAUAAGUAUUUUUCAAAUGAAAUGA